AGGAAGUGGCCAAAAAAAAAAGUUGUGUAUAUACUGUGAUACUAGCCGAUCGAGAAAAAGCCACCAUGAAAGAGAGAUAGGGCGUGUUUUGCAAUUGCCGCUACAAAAAAGACAAAAAAAGCAGUUGGUACGGUGAACAGCAUUUCUUCAUCAUUUUCAAAUGCUGCUUUGAGAGUCGAGGCUGACAAACGAGCAGUCAUGAAUCAGAAUUUCGACCGAGCUCCCGGAGCGGGGAGAACCCGUAAUCUUCCAGCAGAGCCCGGGCUCGUGGCUACCGCCGGGGACGGCGACUCCAAAACCACGCUUUUCAACCAAAGGGAACCGCUGAGACAGCCACGGACAUCCCCGCCGUUUGCCGAGAACAACAUUAGCACGGCCAACGACAUAGUCGGUGGAGAUUGUAAAAGACAAAGCAAACCCCAACAAAGUGCAAAUUCCAACAGUAUGUCUGCCUUCAGAGGGUGUAAUGAUGUGGAUUCCUUGGUCAAGUCAUCAAAGCUUUCAGCCAGUGCUCCAGAGUUUGUCCCCUCUGGAAUGAACCCGUAUGAAGACCCCACUUUUUGUGAUGACAGUGAAAGCUAUUUCAAUGAACCAACCUUGGCUGAUAUGGUCACAGACUUUCUUGCCCACCUGAGCUCCUCACCCGGGUCCUUUGAGUUGGAUGUGGAAUACAUAACCAGUAUACUGAAUUCCUGGGUUACUACUGAAGAGUUGUUGCAGGAGCUGGUGGAACUGAUAUACACACAGUCCACUGCCAUUCCAAACUUUUCUUACACUGGUGCCAGACUCUGUAACUACCUGUCCCAGCACCUCACAGUCAGCCCACCAAGUGGCAACUUUCGUCAGCUGCUCCUCAAAAGGUGUCGAACAGAGUAUGAACAAAGGGAUGAAGCUGUUCGAGGAGAGCCAGAGACUCAAAAGAAAUUCCACUCCUUUGUGCUCUUUCUGGGAGAGCUCUACCUGCACCUGGAGGUGAGAGGUUACACUCAUUUGUCUGGUGUGGUGAUGCUCCUGGUUGGUGCUCCAUGGAGUGAUUUCAUCAGAAACAAGAAGGGGGAUAUUUACAAGUGUCCAGUCACAGGGUUCAGAAACAGCUGCGACAAGCUCAAUCUUCAAGAUUCUGUCAGUAUUCCAGAUGUUAGAAACAUCAACGACAACAUGCGCCUGGGUUUGACUCUUACCCGGAUGCCCGUAGUCAAUGGUUUGAUGGUGUGUGGUCCUCUUUGGGGACAGCUAUGUGGCACUCAAGACUUCUACCCUGGAAUAUGUGCAAAAAUGACCCCCCUCUUUCAGCCUCAACCUGCUUUCUCUCCUGCCGUCCAGACAUGUGGAGGGCCUAUGGACAUUGUUAUUGUUUUGGACGGCUCCAACAGCAUUUAUCCUUGGGAACCAAUGACCGAUUUCCUCCAGAAACUAAUACCUGCGCUCGACAUUGGGCCCAAAACCACACAGGUCAGCGUCAUUCAGUAUGCCGUUCAAUUCAAAUUUGAAUUCAAACUGAAUGAGUUUGAAAGCAAAGAUGAGGUGAUGACUGCAGCAUCCAGAAUCACACAAAUGUAUGGUCAUUCUACCAAUACCUUCCAUGCGAUCGAAUUUGCCAGUCAGAAGGGUUUCAAUCCAAUCAAUGGUGGCCGACCCGGUGCUGCCAAGGUGAUGGUGGUUGUCACUGACGGAGAGUCGCAUGACGAGGCUGUCAGGGAUAGAGUCAUUGCAGAGUGUGAGAGACAAGGCAUCACCCGCUUUGGUAUCGCCGUCUUGGGUUAUUACAUUAGAAACAGCAUCAACACAGAAAACCUAAUAAAAGAAAUCAAAUCCAUUGCCAGUUUACCCACAGAGAAGUACUUCUUCAAUGUGUCCGAAGAGGCAGCUCUCUCCACCAUUGCUGGAACAUUGGGAGACCGCAUCUUCAACAUAGAGGGCACCGGAAAAGGGGGUGACAACUUCCAAAUGGAGAUGUCCCAGGUCGGAUUCAGCGCCCACUACUCCAGCCAACAGGAUGUAAUGAUGCUGGGAGCAGUCGGCGCAUACGCUUGGAGUGGGACUGUCGUCCAUCAAACGGGGUCAGAAGUCGACAUUCUCCCUUUCUCCGCCUUUGAGGGGACUCUUCAAGACAGAAACCACAGCUCAUUACUGGGUUACUCUGUCACCACGCUGAGCGAUGGGUCUACACUAUACUUUGUGGCCGGUGCACCUCGCUCCAACCACUCUGGACAAGUAAUCGUCUACACUGUCAACGCUCAGAAGCAAUCCGCUAUUAUAGAUUCUGAGAGAGGGAAACAGAUUGGGUCGUACUUUGGAAGCGUCUUGUGCUCCCUGGAUGUGGACAAAGACGGAGUGACAGACCUCCUGCUGGUUGGUGCCCCCAUGUUCAUGAGUGACCUGAAGAGAGAAGAAGGCAGGGUCUAUCUCUUCUCUGUCACCAAGGGUAUACUGAAUGAGCAGGGAUUCCUCAACGGUCCACCCGAAACUGAGAACGCACGUUUUGGGACGGCUAUCUCCGCCAUUCCUGACCUGGACCUCGAUGGUUACAAUGAUGUUGUAGUUGGAGCCCCACUAGAAGAUGAGCAAAAAGGCGUCAUUUACAUCUACAAUGGAGAGAAGAAGACGUUAAACAAAGAGUUCUCACAGAGAAUCCUUGGCUCCCAACUGGAUCCUCAAUUGCAGUAUUUUGGAAGGUCCCUAGAUAGCUACAAAGAUCUGAAUGGUGAUACACUCCCAGACAUCUCAAUUGGUGCCUAUGGCAAAGUGGUGCAGCUCUGGUCGAGAGGUGUGGCAUUAGUCACAACUAAAGCUUCUUUCAGCCCUAAUAAAAUCAACAUUUUCAACAAACCCUGUGACAUAAAUGGGCGCAAGCUUCCAUGUUUCAACACCAACCUCUGUUUCAGUGCUGAAUUCAGGCCUGUGAAUCCCGUUGGACCCAUUGAUAUAUCCUACACUUUGACUCUGGACGCUGACUUACAGGCUUCACGAGUGACGUCAAGAGGAAUGUUUACAAAAAACAAUGAACGCUUCCUCACAGAAAAGGCAAAAAUAUUAUCUACACCCCUGUGUCGAGACUACCAGGUUUAUGUUCAGGAGACACCAGACUUUGUCAAUUCCCUCAGUCUGAAAGUGGAAAUCCAGCAGGAGAAUGCAGAUGUGAAUCCCGUCCUUGAUAAAUUUUCUCCAAGCGCCUCACAGUUCUUUAUCCCCUUCACGAAAGACUGUGGCCCUGAUGACGUGUGUAUCAGUGAUCUGGUGCUGAGUGUGACGACAGACUCAAAGGCGUCCAGCUCAGCUCCCGUUCUGGUCAGCGCUAAUAACCGAGAACUGUCGUUUGAGGUUGUUGUGAAGAACAAAAAGGAGAACGCAUACAACACUCAGGUUUUGGCCAUGUACUCCAGCAACCUCUACUACUCCUCCGUCUUUCCUCCUACAGAUGGAGUCAAAUGCACCUCAACACAAACACAAACUGUCACUUGCCAAGUGGGAUAUCCAGUAUUAAAAAACGAUGAAGAGGUCAAAUUUCAGCUCAAUUUUGAAUACAGUCUUGAUCAGUUGCAAAACCGAGCUGAGGUGAAAUUUGAGGCCAAGAGUGAUGGUAAAGAGGAAAGACCCGCAGACAACAAUGUGGACAUAUCCAUACCUGUUCGAUACGAUACAGGGAUUGUUUUGUCCAGGCAGUCAAAUAUCAAUUUCUACGUGGCAAAUUCUACCAAUCAAGUAGUAACAAUGGUGAAAACUCUAGAUGACAUCGGCCCAGAGUUUAACUUUACAGUGAAGGUUUCAACAGGUAACUUCCCGGUCAGCCUCCUGUAUCUGACCAUUGCUCUGCCGAUGACCACUAAUGCUGGAAAUCCGCUCCUCUAUGUUACCAAAGUGGACCCUCAAGCAGGAGGUUCUGUCAGCUGUGAUUCCAGCAGCCUGGUGGAUCCGCUGAAGAUCGGUGUGAAGAGCCCCACAGUGUCUUUCUCUGAGGAGAGCCUGAGAGGCGUCGAGAAACUGGACUGCAAGAGUGCAAAAUGUGGGUAUAUAAAAUGCAUCCUCAAAGACACUGAAGUUAAGAGUGACUACAUUGUGAAAGUUAAAACAAGGAUCUGGAGUGGCACAUUUAUUUCGGCCACCUAUCAGACCAUCGAGCUGACCUCUGUGGUCGAUGUUGAGACCUCCAACCCCGAUCUGCUCGUUAUCGGCCACAAACAGCUGCCAGUGGUGGUGACAAUCAGUAAACCAGGAGAGAAAGGUGAUGUUCCAGUGGGAGUGAUUGUUGGCAGCGUCCUUGCCGGACUGCUGCUGCUGGCGCUGGCUGUUGCACUACUGUGGAAGUUUGGGUUUUUCAAAAGAAAGUACCAGCAGCUUCCGCGGGAGGCUGACGGAGACGGGCAGAGCCAUGCACAUGUUGACGAGGUGCUGUGAACUGAGGAGGAAACCUGCAGCUUUCUCUCUCCGCUGGAUUGUUUCCAGUGUGGAUACUGGUACUUCUCACUGGUUCUUGUCAAGUGCAAAUGGACUAUAGCUCAAUCACUGGAAAUUGGGCAUUUUAAAGUAAUGGAAGAUGUUCAGUUUGUGGAUAACUGGCAUUAGAUUCUCUGUCCAUUUUAUGGAUCACUAUUAGUCUUUUUUUUAUUUUACUCUGUGGAUUGUACAUUGACUAUUUGCUGAUAUGCACUGACUUUGAAUAGAUGUAAAAACUGUGUUUUUUUCCCCAACGUGACAGCACCAUGUGCAGUACUUUAUUUAGGCCUUAGAUGCCAUUAUCGAUUUGGAUGUAAAUGUUGCCUCCCUGACUUUUAAACUGUAAAGGCAUCUCAUUUCUGCAUUGGUCUGUGCAACGUGAUUGACAAAUAGCAGUUUCUGUUAGAAAGAUCUGGUAGUCAUUUGUCAAAACAUUGACCUUUUUAGCACACACACACACACACACACACACACACACACACACACACACACACACACACACACACACACACACACACACACACACACACACACUCACUCACUAUAGGUAGUCAGUCUGUAGCAUAAAAUGCCUUGAGAUCCACCUCUGGCACUCAGGACUUUUCUUGCAUUAAGACUAUUGAUAUCUGUAGUUUAAAUGCAAAAAGGAAACAAUAUUUAUCGUGGAAAGGGUGAAAUGUGCCAUUUCUCAGUUUCAUUGUGUUUGUACUGUAUAUACUGUAAAAUAAAAUUCUAAUCUUUCCUAUUGGGUUUUAUAUAUGAAAAGACUAGAAGCAAUAUGGGUACAUGGAAUAGCUGCUUCUGUUGAUGUUAUUGCUAUUGAAGCGUUUUGUGAUAUUGGGGAUGUUUUUGUUUUUUAAUGGCAAAAUUUGACAGAUGCAAAUAUUUGAGCAGCAUAUUGUUUAGGGGCUGCGGUUGAUCAUUAUUUUCAUAAUCGAAUAAUUUGCCGAUUAGUUUUGCAAUUAAUGGUUUUGCCUACUAAAUUUCAGAAAAUAGUUUCUUUUAUAAUUGCCUAUCAUAGUUUCCUGGGUUCCAAAGUGAUGUUAUAAAAUUAGUUUCCCUGUCCAACAUAUAGUCCCAAACCCAAAGAUAUUCACAUUACUGGAGUUUUUUGCGCAAACUAUCAGUCGAUUACCAAAAUAAUUGCAGAUUAAUUUUCCGUUGAUCAACUAACUGAUUAAUUGAAUAACUGUUUCGGCUCUACUUAUACUCUACAUACUGUUCAUUACAGAGGUGGUGCAUCUUUGUUUAUUUACUGAUUGCUAAAAACAGCAACUUAGUAAAUUUACUCCUUAAAUACACCUAAUAUGUACGUUUGUUUCUUACUGACAGUAGGAAGUUUGUGAUAUGUUUGAUCCAAGUUAAUCCUGCAGGAUCUAAAUGUGUAUUGGUACAGCUUUGCCACAAGAUGGCAGCAUGAUAUAGAUGACGUGUUGGGACUGUCCAAUAUUUCCUCAUUGCUCUGUUGAUGACUGGA